CGAUCGUGUCGGUGAACAAUCAACUUAGCGAUAAUUUGAGCAUUCCUGCAUAGUCGAAUAUUUCUUUCUACUGAAAGGUACCCGAAAGUUAUCCAUUGACUUACUAAAGAAACGCUGACAGGUAAUCACCAUGGCUGUUGGACCUUCAAUCGAGCCAUCAGAGGUUGGCGUGAGCGGUCUUAUUUGGCUUUUCUUCUCGUAUGGGUAUGCUCUUUUCUAUGCCGCAAAUUUGAUCGGUGAAGGCAGCGAGCUAUUACUACUUGUACCGAGCAUGGCUGGUUUGGUCGGUAGCGUUGUGCUGCCUUUAUUGGGAGCUGUUCCGGAUGCUGGUAAGUGUCAUUAUUUCGAAUCCGACACACAUAAAUACGAAGGAGAAUGCAGCAAUUGAAUACCAUCGGACCGUUGCUCUGUUCUUUCGAUGCUACCUCUGACAGAUUUCCCCAUUUUUUAAAAUUGUAAAAUAGCCAUUAUUUUGUUUUCGGGUCUCGGAUCUAUCGAGAUGGCUCAGGAGAGUCUUAGCGUUGGUAUCGGAGCUUUGGCAGGGUCCACCAUCAUGCUUCUGACCAUUCCGUGGGCAUUCACUGUUUUUGUUGGUCGCGUUAAUAUUGAGAAUGGAAAGCCAACCUAUUGGGACUCUCCCAAGUUAACUCCCGGUAAAACCAUAGAAGAGACGCUUGACCAUACUGGUGUUUAUGUCUCCAGUGAAAUUCGCCGCGGAGGUUUCCUGAUGGCAAUCACAACUAUUCCAUACUUUUUGAUCCAGUUCCCAGCGCUCUUCAUGCACGGUUCAACCGGAGACAUUGCAAAAGGCGAACACUGGUGGUCGAUUCUAGCCCUUGUAGUUUGUGUAUUUGGUUUGGUUUACUACAUGAGGUUGCAAUUGGAAUUCAGCGAGAGGGGUGAGGCAGACAGGCGUAUUGCAAUCGCAAAGAAAACGCUUCAGGCCGGAAAAAUGUCACUGAGUGGAGUGCUGAAGUCAACCAUCAAAUCCAUUGAGUCAUCUGAACAUCCCACUAGCAAUKGUGCAGACUAUGGUUCCGUCGGUCUUCGUCAGCCGUCGCCUGAAAGCACGCGCAUCCUUAAGGAUCUCUUGAAAGACGCCUUCAGCGCAUAUGACGAUGACAAGAAUGGACUUCUCGAAAAGAAAGAAAUUAGGGUAUUCUUGAAAGACUUCCACGAAACUUUCGACGAGGAUGAGAUUGACAAGUUGCUCCAGAAAAUCGACAGUAAUAACGACAAAGUCAUAUGUCUAGACGAGUUCGUGGUACUUUGCUAUCACUUGAUCAUCGAUGAGAGUGAUCACAGUGGCAACCACCAGGUGAAUCAUGCAUUUAGGAAGAGUGUUCAGAAUGCUAUUACUAGCGUUGAUAGCAGUGAAGGAGAAGAACUUGAGGUGGAGGAGAUCCCGGAGGAUUUCUGUGAUUUGAGCCCGGAAGAACAGCAAACGGCAAUCAAGUUCAGAGCCUUCAAAAUGCUCGCUGCCGGAACUCUUAUGGUCAUCUACUUUUCUGACCCUAUGGUAGACGUGAUGCAAGAGAUCGCAGUCAAAGCCAACAUCCCCUCCUUUUAUGUCAGUUUUGUUCUUGCUCCGCUGGCGUCGAAUUCUAGUGAAGUUGUGGCCAGUAUGUUUUUUGGAGCAAAGAAGACACGAAAGUCUAUGACGGUAGCGCUCUCUGCAUUGGAAGGUGCAGCAUGCAUGAACAAUACUUUUUGCUUGUCUGUUUUCAUGGGAUUGAUUUACUUCCGGGGAUUGGCAUGGCGAUAUACUGCCGAAACAGCCUCUAUUGUUAUUGUGCAGUUCAUUAUGGCCUAUUUUGUACAAAAAAAAGUGAUGACAAUUAGAGUGGCCCUCUAUGUACUAUUGCUGUUCCCUUCGUCUUUGGUAUUUGUUGCAUUUCUGGAGCAUUUGGGAUUUGACUAAGAUCAUCAUGCAACAAACAUGUAAAACUUGAAAAUUACAAAAGUAGUACUUCCUCCAGUGGAAUUGAUAUAGAAAGGGGUAAUUUGUUAGGUGCAGUAGUUUAAGAAUAGUACUAGUAGAAUGUUCCAGGAGCAAGAAGAAUUUAAACAUAAAUAUCAGAGAAGAGCUGUGAAGUGGUACUUCAGAAAUGGUUAGUGCUCAGGAUUAAAAGUUAUUCAAAAGA